AGCGAUUCGGCCGACGGUCUGACUUGCGACUACGUCGCUACGAAUACGCUUUGCUAACUUCCGUUACAAGUCAACUUUCUUCCAUAAUCAUUCUUCUGUAUUUUCUCCCAACUCAGCAAUCUCCUCGACUGAAGAUCAGCUCAAUCCAUAGUCUGCGAAAUCUCCAUUUUGCUCUUUCAUUUGUUUCCGCGAGUCCCGGACUGGAUAACCUGCUUACUUGAUUAUGGCGAACCCAAACCAAUACUUCCUAUUAGCAGACCACAUCAAGCUAUCAUUGCUGGAAAGGCAGCGGGCGAUAGCGCUUAAGCUGGAACCUACAUCCCAAGAUGGACAUAUAUCCCGAUCUCUAGAUUCAUUACGAGAAGGGCUGGAGAAUGUCACCAAAGAAAGAAUACGGUUGGGAGAAGUUGGAGACACAUCGUAAGCAUUGGCGAUCGGCAUGGGGUUGAUGUAACAAUUCUGUUGAACCGAUGAGCUGACUUGGUACAGAGCAUCUCAGGCGCUUCAGGAAACAGAACAUACUCUGCGAACCCAAUACGAUGAUCUGGCAUCUCAAUUCCAUGGACAUCCACCCAGUAGCACAUCGUUAGCCCAACCCAACGACCCCGCGCUCGCCGGAGACUUUGCCAGAGCCUCUGAACGACCUAGAGUCAUAUCCUCCUCUUCUUUCCUCAAAAAAUCCCUCCGUGGAUCUAGUUCACCCGCCACGAGUUCCCCCAAGUCCGUUCGUUUCUCCGAUACGCCGCUAGUACAAGACGAAGAUGAAACACGGAAUGCCCUCUUUCCGUAUCGCGACGAUCCAAGCGGUCCACCAGAUCAAUCGCAGUUGGAUAAUCAGCAGAUACAUGCCUAUCAUACACAGGUGCUGAGAGAUCAGGACGAAGCGCUGGACAGACUUGGGGAAUCGAUUGGGCGACAACGGGAAUUGAGUAUACAAAUUGGAGACGAAUUGGACGAGCAUGUUCAAAUGCUGGACGAAGUAGACGGGCAUGUUGAAAGACACGCAAAUACCUUGAAUAAAGCGAGGAAGAACUUGGGGACUGUUGCGAGGAAGGCGAAAGAUAAUAUGCAGAUGACGAUUAUUCUCAUCUUGAUUAUAAUACUGGUCUUGCUCAUUAUCAUCCUCAAAUAGGGGAUUGUAUUUUGAGCAAGAUGAUUGGGAGGAGGAUAGUGUAUCUUAUUUGGCAUUUCUUUGGAGUUGUGGCGAUUUGGGAUGGGAACGGUUUGGUCUUUGUACACAUUGGCCUUGCUAUGGAUGGUUGGGCUGGAUUCCAGAUCUAGUUGCGUCUCAGUGUGAUAUACGGCGUUGUAAAGUGGUGUUGGGGGGAUUUGCUCUUCUCGUCUUUUCCAGUCUUUCUCAACGGAUGGUUCGGAUGUUCCUUGGAUUGUAGUCUAUGUAACUUACCAAUUAAUAUCUUGCUCAUUCGAAUA